AUGAACCUCAUCCCACGCACCUUCCGUGGCGCUCAUCACAGCUUCAAAGACACGAACUGGCCAUUGCUGGUUGGCUUCUGCAAUCCUAUUAGCGGUGAGCACCACGUUCUCCCGCCUCUGGAGUUCCACGAUGCCAAUGUCUACUUCAGCAAGUUCGCCAUCAUCACAGCAGCCGACAGCAACGAUGGAGAGCAGCGGGGCAACAUGUUCUCGCAGUUGCUCAUCAUCAGCCAAUGUCCCCAGUCCGAUGCGGUGUACCUCCACUCAUACUCUGCCUCUACGCGUUUCUGGAGCGCACCCACCAAAUGUCUGGACAAACAUCGCUUCUCCAUGGGCGGCGCGAGGUGGUAUCACUUCAACAAGGGAUCGUUGCUCGUGGUGUAUGACAACAACGCCGUCUUUGUCCUCGACCUUGAGGAGAAGGUGAUGGAAAAAGUUAAGGAUUGCUUGCUGCCCCAGAGUGACAAUCAGGGUCGGGUGUUUGUGCACUACGAGAUGGGCUUGGUGAACUUCUUUGGGUCUCGCCGUCCUGCUUUCCUAUUGGAUGAUUUGGAAGCACAGGAAUGA